AUGUGGUUGCUGUUAGUUCCCCAGCCUUCGAAAGAUACCGAUCCUACGCAAAGUGGAAGUCAAAAGGAGCCUAAGCUUCUGGGCACCUCACACGAAGCAACUCCUUCAUGUUAUCUCAAAAGUGCAAAAUUUUUGGCACAUUCAUCGAAUAAAGAUUUGUUACCACAAGCAGCAAGAGUAAGUACUCCUUUCUUGGCUAACUCUUCACUGCCAUAUGUAUAUAUUUGA